AUUGACGCUUCCUGGAAGAAUUGUAGAAGAUGGCAGAGAAAAAGCAUCUUAUAAUACAGACAAAGGAACUUUUACAAUUCAGUUACCUAAGGAGAUUCCUGGCCAAUAUUUUGAGGGACUGGACAUGCUGACGUCUCUUUUAGCACCGAAGAAAUCAAGAUCAGGAAAACCUUUAGUAGAAGAGAUAGCUGCCUCUGCUGAGUUAGAGGAGGAGGAGGAAGAAGAAUUUGACUGGGAAAUAGAGCAGACCCUUUAUGAAGAAAGUGCAGAAAGCACGCUACCACUACAGUACCGUUAUGGAUUUGGGAAUUUGCGGUCAGGGGUGUUCCAGCGGCUGCAG